AUGGAAGAAGAAGGAAGAAAGGAUGUAACUCAUUAUGAAAGUAAUAAUAUCCUUGAAAAAAACGACAAAUUUUUUAAUUAUUAUAUAGGGCAGAAUAUAAUUAACGAAAAUGAGAUUGAUGAAUUUAUGGAAAUUAUAAAUAAAGAAUUGCCAAUUACUUUUAGGGUUUUAAAGAAUAAUAAAUUUAACAAUUUUAUUCAUGAAAAUAUACAAAAAAAGUUAGAAGGUAUAUGCAAAAAUAACUACUCUAUAACACAAUUAAAUGAAGAUGAUCAUAUAUAUGAAAUAUAUUUAACAAGAUCACAAAUAAAGAAAGAUGAAAAUUAUAAAAAUUUAUAUAAUUACUUAAUAAAUUUAAAUGAAAGUGGAUAUAUAUUCAGACAGGAACUAGUAAGUAUGUUACCUGUUCUAUUUUUGAAAUUGCAAGAAAACUUUUUUGUUUUAGACAUGUGUGCUGCUCCUGGGUCAAAAACGGCACAAAUAGUUGAUUAUAUGCAUUUAAUCGCUAAUAAAAAAAUUAAAAAUGAUUUAAUAAAUAAAUUUAUUCAAGAUAACCACGGAAAAUUGUAUAAGCAUAUUGGGCAAGUGUGUGGUGAGAGUAGUGAACAUAUUGAAAAUAAUGAAGACAAAAAUAGUGAGCAUAAUGAAGAUAAAAAUAGUGAAAAUAAUGAAGAUAAAAAUAGUGAAAAUAUUGAAAACAUUGAAAAUAUAGAUAGUGAAAAUAAUGAAGAUAAAAAUAAUCCCACUUCAGUGAUAAACGAAAGCACUGAUACUUUCCAUAGUGCAAUGGAAACCCCAAAGAAAGAAAAUACUGUUCAAGAUCCAGUAAUUGAAGAAAAUGAAAUUAAAGAUAAUAAAGAUAAGGAAGAAGACAUAUACAAAACUUACUAUAAUAUAUUAGAAAACAAUUUGUAUGAUGAUGAAUUUUUUAAAUAUAUUUUAAAUGCGGAUCAUAAUUUAUAUAAUGAUUAUAAAAAGUUAAUAUCAAAUAGUAACCCUACAGGGGUUGUUGUUGCAAAUGAUGCAAAUUUUAAAAGAUGUUGUAUGUUAUUUCAUCGUUUAAAAAAUAUACAUAGUAAUUGUUUAAUUGUAACAAAUAACAAUGCAGUUAGUUUUCCAUAUUUAUAUUUGAAAAAUAAAAUAGAUAAUAGUUUCGAGAAAAUAUAUUUUGAUUCAGUUUUAUGUGAUGUACCAUGUAGUGGUGAUGGGACAUUACGUAAAGAUCGAAAUAUAUGGAUAAACUGGAAUCCGUUAAAUGCUUAUAAUUUAUUUCAAUUGCAAGUUAAUAUUUUAAAAAGAUCAAUCGAAUUAGUAAAAGAAGGAGGUUAUGUUAUAUAUAGUACUUGCUCAUUAAAUCCUAUUGAAAAUGAAGCAGUUAUAUGUGAAGUAUUUAAUUUGGUAAGCAAUAAUGAAUCUUUAAAAUUAAUUAACUUUGAAAAUGAAUUAGUUAAAAAAUUAAAUUAUAGAGAAGGAUUAACAGAAUGGAAACUAUUAAUAGAUGACAAAUGGUUUAAUACUUAUGAUGAAUUUAUUGAUUAUUUAAAAGAUAUUCAACCUGAAAAAUUUAAAAAAAUAUAUGAAAAAAUAAAAAAUGGUAUGUUUACACCUAAUAAAGAGUUUGUGGAUAAAAUUAAUUUAAAAUAUGUUAAAAGGUUUUUUCCACAUCAUUAUAAUGCUGGCGGUUUUUUUAUCGCCUUAAUUGAAAAAUGUGAACAAGUUCAAUGGAAAGAAAGAAGUAAAAAUGAUGUGAUAAAAAAUAUUUUAAAGGCAAAAGGAUGUGAUUUAAAUGAAUUGGAAAAAGAGGCAACAAUUCGUAGGUAUAAAAAUAAAAAAUCCAAAAAAAAACGAAACAAAAAAAAAAAAGAAAAUGAAAAGGAUAAAACAAACAAAAGCAUGGAUAUUUCUGAGUCUGCCGAAAAAGAACAUAAUGAUAUAAUUCCCCACAAUGUGAAUAUACAAUCAGAAAAACAAAUUAUAGGAAACGAUGAAAUAACUAAAAGUUAUAAUAUGGUAGGUAGUGACGAAUUUAUGAACGAUUAUAAUAUGGUAAAUCAUUUUGAUAUUGUUAAAAACAACAAAAAUGGAGAUGUGGAUGAAAUAACUAAUAGCUAUAAUGUAAUAGAAAGUAGCAACAUAUUAAGGAUGAACCUUCUGACUCAAAACUCGGGUUCCUCAGGAUAUGAUAUCAUAGAAUUGAUAAAUAAAAAGAGUGAAGAACAAUUGAACAAUUACAUAGAAGGUAAUGCUACCAAUGAAAAUGUAAAUGAAACAAGCUUUGAAGAAAUGGAAAAAAAUGAGGAAGAAAAGAAGGAAGAAAGCGAAGAAGAAGAAGAAGAAGAAUGGGAAGAAGUUGGAAAAAUAGAAGACGUGGAAAAGGUUGAAGAAGAGAAGGAAAUAUCAUUAGAUAUAGAUAAGGAACGAUAUACAAAUUACGAAUACAAAGAUGAAUUUAAUUUAUGUGUUGGUUCUGAACGAUUGAAAAAACAACAGGAAUAUAUAGCCCUAGAUUAUUACGAAAGUUUAUUAAAAUCAAAUGAUUUAUUAAAUAAAAUAAAAACAUAUUUUAAUUUAAAUGAUGAAUUUUUAUCAAUAAAAGAUAAUUUAUAUAUUCAUUUGAAAGAUGAUAAUAAUUCUAGUAAGUUAGGAAUUAAUGACAGAAUAAAUUCGAAUAUUAAAAAAAUAAAUUUUGUUAGUAGCAAUACUAGAGAUGUUUUGGAAAGUUAUACCAAAAUAAAAUUAAAAAUUAUUAGUGCAGGAAUAACAGUAAUUCAAGUGGAUAAAAAUAAAAAAAAUAAUGUAGAGAAUUAUUAUAGGAUUAAUUAUAGUGGAUGUAUAAAUUUUAUGAAUUUUUUUAAAAAUAUAGAUGAUUUUUUAUUAAAUACAGAAUGUAGGCAAGAUAUUAUUAAAAACUUUUUUUCUACUGUUUAUGAAAAUAAGGAAAGAGUAUUCGAUUUUGAUGCAUAUAUGAAUAAAUUAAUAGGCGAAAGAAAAAGUGUGAUGCAAAAAUCUAAUUCAAAUAAAAAUGGAAAGGAAACACAAAAUGAAUUAAAUGAGAACAUAUUAUGUAAAAAAGAAAGUGAACAUGUUGCUCAAGAAAACAAAUUUACAACUGAUAUGGAAAAAAAUAACACAGUUGGUGAUACAAAUAUUGUAUGGGUCAAAAGUGAUGUCAUAUUGGAUUUAAUAAAAGUAGAUAAAUCAAAAAUAAAUAGCAUAACUAAUGAAACAAUAAAACAAACUGAACGACUAAAUAAAUAUUCACCUAAUGUAUUAUUGACCCUAAAUAAAAAUAAACAAAUUUUAGCUAUUCCAUCGAACAAAGGAAAUAUUUAUGUGGACAUUACAAUUGAUAAAAAUUCCAUUAUGAUGCUUCCCUACGUAUUAAACUAA